AUGUAUGAUGCUAAACCAGUUCAUACCCCUAUACAACAACAUCAUAACUUGGCUUUGGCAAAGGGCGAGUUACUAAGAGAUGCAAUGAAGUAUAGACGUGUGGUGGGGAGACUUGUUUACUUGACAAUCACACGACCCGACCUUGUAUAUGCGGUGCACGUUCUUUCCCAAUUUGUUCAUGAACCACGCAAGGAACAUUGGGACGCAGCUAUGCGAGUUGUACGGUAUUUAAAGUUGAAUCCAACCAAAGGGAUUGUCAUCAACAGUAAUUCGAACUUACAGCUAGAAGCAUAUUCCGAUUCGGAUUACGCGAGCUGUCCUUUAACGAGACGUUCCUUGAGUGGAUAUUUUGUUUCCUUGGGCGGAUCACCUGUAUCUUGGAGAGCAAAGAAACAGGUUACAUCUGCGAAAUCUACUGUAGAAGCGGAAUAUCGAGACAUGGCAGCCGUGACAAGUGAGUUGGUUUGGAUACGAUCAUUUUUGGGUUCGUUGGGGGUGUUUCAUACUCAACCAAUUCGUUUAUUUUGUGAUAAUCAAGCAGCACUUCACAUCGCAAGGAAUCCAGUUUUUCACGAUCGGACUAAACAUAUAGAAGUAGAUUGUCAUUUUGUUCGACAAUAUUUGAUGAACAAGACGCUGGAUGCGUCUCAUGUCCGAAGCAAAGAGCAGGUGGCAGACUUGUUUACUAAGGCGUUAGGAGGCGAGGCGUUUGCUUAUCUUCAAGGCAAGUUGGGACUUGGUUUACCAAGUGCUCCAACUUGA